UUUUAUCCUCCGUUCAAACCGGGCCGAGACGCCCCGCUUGCUGUCUCUCCGGAAAGGGCUGCCGGACCUUCUGGAUCUCUCCUUUCUGCCUGAGUGGAGAAUCUUCUGGAGGCCAGAGAGGGCAGCGUUAAGAGCAGGAGACGGCAGGCGGCGUGGGGAAAAGAAGUUCUGAGCCGAGACGAGCAGACCGUACGGAGGAAGGACACAUGGCUCUGCUGUGCUACAACAAAGGCUGCGGAGAGAAGUUUGACCCUGACAAGAACAAGGAUGAUUCCUGCCGCUUCCAUCCCGGAGUCCCCAUCUUCCACGAUGCCCUGAAGGGUUGGUCCUGCUGCAGGAAGAGGACGACGGACUUCUCGGAGUUUCUCUCCAUCAAGGGCUGCACCCGGGGACGCCACAGCAACGUGAAGCCCCAGGAGCCUCUGAGGCCCCAGGUGUCCUCAGACAAGGGCGAGAUCCAACACGCCAACGACCAGGAGAUCAUCUACCAGGGCCCCAAAUCUGCAGAGGCGCUGCAGAAAGAGAGACCCAGUUCAGAUCAGCCCAUGACCAAGAUUCCCCACAAAGUGUCAGCGUCGCUCGUACAGGCGCUGGAGAAACUGGGACUCGGCAAGAACGCAGAGGGCGAGAAGAAAGAGAGUGAGAAAGUUAUACAGGGGACGCGCUGCAAGAACACAGGCUGCAAAACAGUCUACGAGGGCCCGGACACUGACAUGGAGGCCUGCACCCACCACCCCGGGGCGCCUGUCUUCCAUGAGGGGUACAAAUACUGGAGCUGCUGCUGCAUAAAGACAACAGACUUCGAUGCUUUCCUGGACCAGAAGGGCUGCACCACAGGCAAACACCGCUGGGUUGCAAAGCAGAACAAGAAGAAGGUGUCAUGCCGGCAUGACUGGCACCAAACCGGAAACACCGUUGUGGUAACAAUUUACGCCAAGAACUCAAACCCUGAUUUCUGCUGCAUAGAAGCUAACCAAACAGUGCUCUUAUGUCAAGUCCAGUUUGAGAACAACAAGAUUUUCAAGAGAGAAUUCCACCUUUGGGGGGUGAUCAAUGUGAAACAGAGCUCAGUCAACAUGGUGCCGUCCAAAGUGGAGAUCACGCUCCGCAAGGCCGACCAGGUGGCCUGGGGCAAACUGGAGGACCCAAACUACAAGCCGGAGCCGGAGCCCGUCGACGACGACCUGAACGAAGCCCAGGAGUCCUACCAGCCCGACUGGGACAUCGACGACGACGACAUCAGCGACGACGACGAGGAGUGGGCCUACGGCGCGCCGCAGAACAAGGGCGUGGAGAACGACAGCGAAGAGCAGAAGAAGAGGAGGGAAGAAGAAGAGAUGCAGAACUUAAAGAGGAAGGAGGUGGAGGAAGAGAUGAAGCGACUGAUGGAGGAGCAGAAGAAGGCCGAGGAAAGGAGGAGGAAGCUGGAGGAGCAAAGGAGGGAAGAGGAACAGGAAGGAUUUGAAGACAUGCCGGAUCUGGAGGAGCAUGCCGCUGAUGUGGAGUGAUGGGGGGAAAAAACGAAGAAACAGAAAUUCCUUUUUUUUUUUUUUUUUAGCAACCAAAGCUAAAUGUUUGGAAUGUGAAACAGGUCAAGGAGAUGUUUUUCUGUUAUAACUUUAUAUUAUGUCUGAGUUAUUAUUGAAGAAUGACAAUAACUCAACUCUAUUUUGGUUGGUUAAAUAAUAAACCUACAGAAAUCUUUUCAUUUUGUAAUGUAACCUAUGCAUAAGAAAUAAAGUUUUUUAUGUCUGUU